AUGGCCACCCUUCUCCGCAGCAAGCUGUCCAACGUGGCCACAACCGUGUCCAACAAGUCCCAGGCCAAGGUGAGCGGCAUGUUCGCCAGGAUGGGUUUUCAGGCGGCCACCGACGAGGAAGCGGUGGGUUUUGCUCACUGCGAUGACCUCGACUUUGAGCACCGUCAGGGCCUGCAGAUGGACAUCCUGAAAACAGAGGGUGAGCCCUGCGGGGACGAGGGAGCCGAACCGCCCGUCGAGGGAGACAUCCAUUACCAGCGCGGCGGUGGCGCGCCCCUGCCGCCCUCGGGCUCCAAAGAUCAGAAUGUGGGGGCUGGUGGCGAAUUCGGGGGCCACGACAAACCCAAGAUCACCGCGUGGGAGGCGGGCUGGAACGUGACCAACGCUAUCCAGGGCAUGUUCGUGCUGGGCCUGCCCUACGCCAUCCUGCACGGCGGCUACCUGGGGUUGUUCCUCAUCAUCUUCGCCGCCGUGGUGUGCUGCUACACCGGCAAGAUCCUCAUCGCCUGCCUGUACGAGGAGAACGAGGAUGGCGAGGUGGUGCGGGUGCGGGACUCGUAUGUAGCCAUAGCCAACGCGUGCUGCGCCCCGCGCUUCCCCACGCUGGGAGGCCGCGUGGUGAACGUAGCGCAGAUCAUCGAGCUGGUGAUGACUUGCAUCCUGUACGUGGUGGUCAGCGGCAACCUCAUGUACAACAGCUUCCCAGGGCUGCCCGUGUCGCAGAAGUCCUGGUCCAUUAUCGCCACCGCCGUGCUGCUGCCCUGCGCCUUCCUUAAGAACCUCAAGGCAGUGUCCAAGUUCAGCCUGCUGUGCACUUUGGCUCACUUCGUCAUCAACAUCCUGGUCAUCGCCUACUGCCUCUCGCGGGCUCGCGACUGGGCCUGGGAGAAGGUCAAGUUCUAUAUCGAUGUCAAGAAGUUUCCCAUCUCCAUUGGCAUCAUCGUGUUCAGCUACACGUCCCAGAUCUUCCUGCCUUCGCUGGAGGGCAACAUGCAGCAGCCCAGCGAGUUCCACUGCAUGAUGAACUGGACGCACAUCGCCGCCUGCGUGCUCAAAGGCCUCUUCGCGCUGGUGGCCUACCUCACCUGGGCCGACGAGACCAAGGAGGUCAUCACGGACAACCUGCCUGGUUCCAUCCGUGCCGUGGUAAACAUCUUCCUGGUGGCCAAAGCGCUGCUGUCCUACCCGCUGCCCUUCUUCGCUGCUGUCGAGGUGCUGGAGAAGUCGCUCUUCCAGGAAGGCAGCCGCGCGUUCUUCCCCGGCUGCUACGGCGGCGACGGGCGCCUCAAGUCGUGGGGGCUGACGCUGCGCUGUGCGCUCGUGGUCUUCACGCUGCUCAUGGCCAUCUACGUGCCGCACUUCGCGCUGCUCAUGGGCCUCACCGGCAGUCUCACGGGCGCCGGCCUCUGCUUCCUGCUGCCCAGCCUCUUCCACCUGCGCCUGCUCUGGCGCAAGCUCCUGUGGCACCAAGUCUUCUUCGAUGUCGCCAUCUUCGUCAUCGGCGGCAUCUGCAGUGUGUCCGGCUUCGUGCACUCGCUGGAGGGCCUCAUCGAGGCCUACCGAACCAACGCGGAGGACUAGGGCGCCAGGGCUCAGGUUCUCCCGCGCUCUUCCCAC